CCGGUCGAGCAGCGACAUGGAGGCCAGCGUCCGUUGCGCCGCCGUCAUCUUCCUCCUUAUUUUCACGCAGGCCCUGACUGCUGUUCACUCACAGGAGGAGGAGGAGAUGCUGCAGGUGGAAGAGGAGCUACAGGAGGAGGAUCAGCAAAUCCUGGACUCCUGGACUCCCAGUAACGUGCAAGAGUGUACAUGCGACUGUGAAGCCAUCGCACCCACCCGCUUUCCCAACCCCGUUGUGACCGCCCCGCCCCCGCCGGAGCCCCCUCGGUACAGCUCGCCCAACUGCAUGCCCGAAUGCCCGUACCACCGAGCUCUGGGCUUCGAGUCGGGCUCGGUGACAUCGGAGCAGAUCAGUUGCUCGCACCAGGACCAGUACAGCAGCUGGUACUCGUCCUGGGUCCCCAAUAAGGCUCGACUUAACAACCAGGGCUUUGGGUGCGCGUGGCUCUCCAAGUACAACGACCUGCACCAGUGGCUCCAAAUCGACCUAAAGGAAGUGGGCGUGGUCUCGGGCAUCCUGACGCAAGGACGCUGCGACUCGGACGAGUGGAUCACCAAGUACAGCGUCCAGUACCGAACCGUGGAAACUCUGAACUGGGUCUACUAUAAAGAUCAAACAGGAAACAACAGAGUGUUCUACGGGAAUUCGGAUCGCUCGUCGACAGUGCAGAACCUUCUGCGCCCGCCCAUUGUGGCGCGCUACAUUCGACUGCUGCCUCUGGGCUGGCACACUCGCAUCGCCAUACGUAUGGAGUUGCUCAUGUGCAUGAACAAGUGCACCUGAACUCAACACUCGCGGGAGGAAGUCGGGGAAGAAAAUAACGCACUUUCAUUUAAGAAGAGUCGGUGAUUAAAAUGGAAAUUUGCAGUUGAGAAUCUACAUGGUGAAAUAUUUUAGUUUUCAAGCUGUGAUUGUGGGAAAACAAGCAGUACGCACAAGAACAUGAUAAAUAAUAAAUAUUUGUUGUUUUGUCUCAUCUCUUUUGGUUUGAUUUAGAGCAGUGGUUCUUAAAGUGCAUGUGACACGAAAAAGCAUGUUUAUUUCAUAAUACACGCGGUAUUUUAUGCUCCUGAAUGAUAUGGACCGCUUUGAUGUGUGUGGAAGCGAUCACUAUACAGUGGUACCUCGACAUACGAUCGCUUCGACACACGAUCUUUUCGACAUCCGACGUAAAAUUUGA